AUGGAUUCUCUUCUUAUGAUUUCCCUAGACUUUCCUGCAACGUACAAUACAGACGAAAUACCUACAGGCGUAGGGCCUUUGGAUCCUGCUGAUGAACCAUUGCUUUCAUCCCGCCGCCUGGGACAGUAUUUGUCAGAAGAACACAGGAACGAACGGAUCGCUCUAGGGGUGCAACCUCUGGGAGUAAACAGGGCUACUGUCCAAAGUUAUCUGCCCGAAAUUAUACAAAGUGUUGACAACAACGCAUCGCAAGCAGAGGCAACUGUUGGCACGAUAGAGCCCGAGGAGGGAGUAUGCUGGGGAUCCUUCACCACAUUGGCAUCUACAAGCUCUGACGGGUCGUCGGGGCCCAUUACAGCAUGUAGUAACAAUAACGAUGACGAGAAUAUAGCCGAGGCAGCCAACCCAAGACCACUCCCCACAACGCCCUCUUCAGAUCAACACACUGCUUCGAGCCCAGCGAGACUAGCCAAGCAAGAUGUGGCUCUAGUAAAGUUGCAACAUGCCUUGGCUGGCAACGAGUCCCAUCUCAUAGCCCAAGACACUGCUGAAUGCGACCUUGAGCUGGAAGGCAUUGUAAGCAACCUUUAUAAAACAAGCCGUCAUAGGCGACGUGUAGGCUACCCAGUCGAGAACCAAGCCCGCGUCAAAAAGACUAUUCGUUUCAAAAGGAGGUCGGAGAAGCAGCAAAAAGAGAUGAAGAAAUGA